AUGGACCAACUAAGUUCACAAGAUGAACUCCGUCCUCUUGAAUAUGCACGAGCGCAAGGCCUCUGUAUUGAUUAUACAACCGAGCCACUACCCCUUCGGGAUUUGAGUGUAUUAUCGGCUACAGCUCUCGAUGAGAGCCUUUGUAGUCUCUCUGACUUCCUCACUACUGAUGCGGCCUCCACACUAACAAAGGAACGACUUGCAGUAAACAGAGACGCUGUACUACUGCUCAAGACAAUCUAUGCCGACAAAGAAGAGCCUUCGGCUAGCUGUUUUCAGACUGACAACAGAAAAUGCAUCUUGGAUUUAAAGCACGAACUUCCGGUCCUCCAAUCAGACCACGAUGUUGACUCGAUAAAUUUCGGUAGUGUGGCGCCACUAGACUUCAGAAAUCUCAAGAUCCCAUCUGAACUUGUUAAUGAACAAAAUGACGAGGGCCUUGAAUGGCCUGCUAUAUACCUCACGUAUCUUACACAAUGCGACGCGCAAGCCAAAACCGAAAAGCUUGUUGUCUCAAGAAGCACACUCUUGCAUCUCCAAGAAGCUAUCCGCGAUGCAUACGUGCCAGAGGAUAGCGAGGCGCUGAAGGCUAAAGACGGGAUCUACAAUCGGGAUCUAAUCAUUCGGCCCCUCACGCCUCCCUUACUCCCACUUUCUCCAUUGCCGGAGCCCUACAUACCUUCAUCACCUACAAACAAUCUGCCGCUUGUAUCAGAUAGCAGUGACUCUGUCCGUGCAGAGACAGAAAUCAUUCAAAGCGAGAUCAUGGCCGCAGAUUCUCUUACUCGGAAAGAAUCUGAUAGCAGUGAUUCGAUGCUUCUCGACAUGAUUCAUCCGCUAUCUUUUAGCCCACUGUCCGAGGCAUGUGCACAAGUUCCUUCGAAGCGUAAAUUUGCAGACUUGAAAGUGGAAGGACCUUUGACACCAUCGGUAUUUUCUACCUCACCGAUGAAGAAGCUCAAAUCGGUCUCUUUUGCCACAGCAUUAAGUGAGCUUAUCUCAUAUGAGCCGUGGGGCCAGGAUAAUGCCGAUGGCGAUGAUGAUAUCACAAGUGAGGACUAUGGAAUCUUCGCAGAAAUUGAGCCACUAGCUGAAAAGGUGAGCAAUUCUGUUGGAAACGAGCAACUCUCCGGUGCUGAUACGACUGCACGUGUGGACGUUCCGUAUAUCGACUCUUCGCUACCCGUGGCACCCUGGAUUGAGUGUAGUCGGCGUAACCGCGACAAUUGCCAGUAUCCCACUGAGCUUGAGUCUCAGACGCAAUUUCUACGAAGGAUCAAACGUGAGGAACUGAAACUCGCGCCAUCCUGGCAUGCAAUGUCAGUCCCGGAAAGAGAGUUGCAAUGGGGUUUCUUGACGACAAAGAUAUCAACACUGAAGCUAGAAGAGACAUUACAUGGCGAAACCGAGAUGAAGAGAAUUCUAAGUGAAGCCAGGACAGGUAGCAUUGCAACCAGCUUUACGCAGGUGUGGAAGCGGGAUGGGCUCAGAAUCCUCGAUGAAGACGACGAGGACGAACUAGAGUCAGUGCUCGAUGAGGAUAGCCAGGACAUGCAAGCUUUAUUAAACAAGCGCAAACUGGAGCUAGAGGAAGAUACGAUAGGGACACGUCACAAACCAACAGUGUCACAGCGCCAUCUACCAGCAGGCUUGGAAACGGAGACUACAGAUACAAGCCAGCAACUGUCACAAGAACAGAUUUCACGGCUGAAGCCUACACAGAAGACAAAAGAUGAUGAUGGCAGUGAUUUCAUGUUUGGUGGUUUUUCUGCUACAAGUGCCCUUCACAGGUUUUUGGAGACACGUGGAAAGGCUGCUGGGUCUGUAAUAUCUGACACCGUUGAAAAGUCUUUCCCAAACAAAAGUACUCGUUCAAUGGAUAUCCCCAAAUUUCAGGCCUCCACGAGGCUUGUCAAGGAGGCAAGAAACGAGAUACACAAGGCACAUCUUAGAGAUGACGAGAAGCGGAGGACGGCAAACCUGCCACCCUCGCCUACAAAUAUCCCGGCCGAUCUUCAGCCGUGUUCGUUCCUCAUUUCGUCAAAGUUUCUACAACAAAGAAGCUUGCUGAAGCAGAUAGAAAAAAUAUAUCCAAACGCUGAGAUGGUGUACCGAGACUACAUUCUACCGCACUCGCCGGCCAAAGAUGCCGACAUGAUUCUUUCACCUUCCACCGGUCUGAUUCUUACUUCUUUGCAACAGAUCAAGCAGCGAGCUCUUCCGGGGCAAAUAGAACGGUCACAGAUCAAGGAGUGUUUGGCUACUCUCCAGUUACGAUACGAGAGAUUGAUUGUUCUGAUCAGCGAGGGACUCAGUCGUGAAUCGGAAAAACUGGGGUCAAGCCGUCCAGAGGACCCACGCGAUAGUGAAGCAUUGAGAGCGAUUGAGAAAUUUACUUCUAAUUUGGAGGGCGAUGUGCUAGUACAGUACGUUCCUGGAGGUGAGAAGGCCCUCGCGCGUGCCACGGUGACAGAAAUGGGAAAAUACGGCUUGCCGUACGGCUCAGCAGACAUUGGUGACAUUAAGCCCAUAGCGCAGGAAACAACAUAUGAGGUUUUCCUGCGUCGGGCAGGUCUCAAUCCAUUCGCGGCUCAGGUCAUUGUCGCAUUGCUGAAGAAGCCGAUAACGCUCGAAAUUCCACUCUACUCCAGCUCACCCUUUGCAGUCGAGCCAAAGCACAUAGUUGCAACUAGACUCUCUCGCUUUCUGAUUAUGAGCAAAGAUGAGCGAGUCCAUUUGUUUCAGGCUCUGAUGGGUGGAAGUCGGGUAUUGAAGAGGGUCAGUGAUAGACUGGACCAGGAAUGGAUCAGCGCUGCACACGGCUUUAGAAUGUGA